AUGGCAGAAUCAGAAAAUGCAGAGGGAACGUUAAGAGAUUCAUUGCAAAGAUGGUAUGAUACACGUUCUCAAAAUCAAACCAAUGCCGGUACUAGUGGGCUUGCAGAUAGUGCAAAAAGCAUGUUUUCUUCUUGGGGGGAAUCUUUAAAUUCAACUGCUCAAGAUGUAUAUCAAAGACUACCUAUGUCAAAUCAAGAUUUAUUACAAAGUCAAGAACCUUCCUGGUUUAAUUUAUCUAGAACUGAAAGAUUAUUAUUAUUUAUUUGUUGUAUAUUAGGUUCCAUAGCAUGUUUCACUCUGUGUGUAUUUUUAUUCCCUGUCUUGGCUAUUAAACCAAGAAAGUUUGGUCUGUUAUGGUCGAUGGGCUCGUUACUAUUCAUUCUAGCUUUUGGUUUCUUUAUGGGACCAGUGGCUUAUUUAAAACAUCUUACUUCGAGAGAAAGAUUGCCAUUCACUGGUUUCUUCUUUGGUACCUGUUUUUUGACUAUUUAUUUUGCUGCCAUUGUUAAGAGCUCCAUUUUGACCAUUCCUUGCGCUGUACUAGAACUAAUAGCAGUGCUAUACUAUGGUAUUUCUUAUUUCCCAUUCGGUGGAACCAGUUUAAGAAUGUUGAGUGCAUUUGGGGUAAGCACAGCAAGAGGUGCUUUGAAUAUUUGA